GUUCGUGGCUGGCUGGCGGUGGCUGUCACUCCCGGCCUGUUUCCCCAAGGCCAGCGCUCUGCUGGGGGCGGGAGGAAGAGGGGCGGCCUGGGGCCUGACGAGCCGUCGCUGUCUUCGCGGAUGCUAUGACCAGCGGGCGAGGCGCCCUCCGCUGCUCCGCGCAGCGUUGUCGCGGCCGUAGUCCACCGAAGCCGUCUGGGUCCUCCUGUGCGGACGCUGCCGCGGCCCCCUCGGCUCUGCCCGCACUGCCCGCAAGACGAGGCGGACGGCAGGAUGAAGAUGACGGUGGAUUUCGAGGAGUGUCUGAAGGACUCGCCCCGCUUCAGGGCUGCUUUGGAAGAAGUAGAAGGAGAUGUGGCAGAAUUGGAACUCAAACUCGAUAAGCUUGUGAAGCUUUGUAUUGCCAUGAUUGAUACUGGAAAAGCCUUUUGUGUUGCAAAUAAACAGUUCAUUAAUGGGAUUAGAGACCUAGCACAGUAUUCUAGUAAUGAUGCUGUAGUUGAGACAAGUUUGACCAAAUUUUCUGACAGUCUUCAAGAAAUGAUAAAUUUUCACACAAUCCUGUUUGACCAAACUCAGAGAUCAAUUAAAGCACAACUUCAGAACUUUGUUAAAGAAGAUCUUAGAAAAUUCAAAGAUGCCAAGAAGCAGUUUGAAAAAGUCAGUGAAGAGAAAGAAAAUGCAUUAGUGAAAAAUGCCCAAGUACAAAGAAACAAGCAGCAUGAAGUCGAGGAAGCUACAAACAUUCUAACAGCAACAAGAAAGUGUUUUCGACACAUAGCCCUUGACUAUGUGCUUCAGAUUAAUGUUCUUCAAUCAAAAAGGAGAUCAGAAAUCCUAAAAUCAAUGUUAUCCUUUAUGUAUGCUCAUUUGGCCUUCUUUCAUCAAGGAUAUGAUCUAUUUAGUGAACUUGGGCCCUACAUGAAAGAUCUUGGAUCACAGUUGGAUCGACUUGCUGUGGAUGCAGCGAAAGAGAAAAGAGAAAUGGAGCAAAAACAUUCAACCAUUCAGCAAAAGGCUGCAUUACAGGAUUUCUCCAGUGAUGAUUCUAAGUUAGAAUACAAUGUAGAUGCUGCAAAUGGCAUUGUCAUGGAAGGAUAUCUGUUCAAACGAGCCAGCAAUGCCUUUAAAACUUGGAACAGGAAAAAGCCCGAUCAUAUCAGACGCUGGUUUUCAAUACAGAAUAAUCAGCUGGUUUAUCAGAAGAAGUUUAAGGAUAACCCCACGGUAGUAGUUGAAGAUCUCAGGCUUUGCACAGUAAAGCAUUGUGAAGACAUAGAAAGAAGAUUCUGCUUUGAGGUAGUCUCUCCAACAAAAAGUUGUAUGCUCCAGGCAGAUUCUGAAAAGCUGCGCCAGGCUUGGAUUAAGGCUGUUCAGACCAGUAUUGCAACUGCUUAUAGAGAGAAGGGUGAUGAAUCAGAGAAGUUGGAUAAGAAAUCAUCUCCAUCAACAGGAAGCCUAGAUUCUGGAAAUGAGUCAAAAGAGAAAUUAUUGAAAGGAGAAAGUGCACUGCAGCGGGUCCAGUGUAUCCCUGGCAAUGCCAGCUGUUGUGACUGUGGUCUGGCAGAUCCUCGGUGGGCCAGCAUCAACUUGGGCAUCACCUUGUGUAUCGAAUGCUCUGGAAUUCAUCGGAGUCUUGGGGUUCAUUUUUCGAAAGUCCGAUCUUUAACUUUAGAUACCUGGGAGCCUGAACUUUUAAAGCUUAUGUGUGAAUUGGGGAAUGAUGUUAUAAAUCGUGUUUAUGAAGCUAAUGUGGAAAAAAUGGGAAUAAAGAAACCACAACCAGGACAAAGACAGGAGAAAGAGGCAUAUAUCAGAGCAAAGUAUGUGGAGAGGAAAUUUGUGGAUAAAUAUUCUAUAUCAUCAUCACCUCCUGAGCAGGAAAAAAAGAUUGUCUCCAAAGGUUGUGAAGAAAAGAGGCUGAGCAUUUCUAAACUUGGGCCAAGUGACCAAGUCAGAGCAUCUACCCAAAGUUCAGUGGUUGCUGUAAAUAGCGACGAGGCCAGGCGGGAGUCUCUGUUCUGUCCUGAUGAGCUAGAUUCACUCUUCUCCUACUUUGAUACUUCUUCAAAACUGCGUAGUAUCAAAAGUAAUGACAGUGGGAUCCAGCAGAGCUCUGAUGAUGGGAGAGAAUCUUUACCCUCCGUGGUGUCAGCCAAUAGUUUAUAUGAAUCGGAAGGAGAAAGGCAAGAUUCUUCUGUGUUUCUCGACUCUAAACAUCUUAAUCCAGGACUUCAGCUUUAUAGGGCUUCAUAUGAAAAAAAUCUUCCUAAAAUGGCUGAGGCUUUGGCUCAUGGUGCCGAUGUGAAUUGGGCUAACUCAGAGGAAAACAAAGCAACGCCACUUAUUCAGGCUGUAUUAGGGGGCUCUUUGGUGACAUGUGAGUUCCUCCUACAGAAUGGUGCUAAUGUGAACCAAAGAGAUGUCCAAGGGCGGGGACCACUACAUCAUGCCACUGUCUUAGGGCACACAGGGCAGGUAUGUUUAUUCCUAAAGCGAGGUGCCAAUCAGCAUGCCACUGAUGAAGAAGGGAAAGACCCUUUGAGCAUCGCUGUGGAAGCCGCCAAUGCUGAUAUAGUAACCUUGUUACGUUUAGCAAGAAUGAAUGAAGAAAUGCGGGAAUCAGAAGGACUUUAUGGACAGCCAGGUGAUGAAACUUACCAGGACAUUUUUCGUGAUUUUUCACAAAUGGCAUCCAAUAAUCCAGAGAAACUCAAUCGUUUCCAGCAAGAGUCACAGAAAUUCUGAAUUUUUUUAAUAAGGGGAAAAAUAUAAAAUCUGACAACUAAUGUGUACAGCUAAAAACUCACAACUUUUUACUGCUUUAAUUCUACUUAAUUUUGGUAGAUACUGAAUGGUUUGGAAAAAAUUACCCAUUCAUUCUUAUUUUUAUAAAUUAAAACACAGAUCUCUCAUAGUUGGGAGAGGAUUCCACUUUAGGACCUCUUUUAUUAAAAAAUAAAGCCUAUUGAAAGGGCUGUUUUUUAUAGAUAAAAGUUUAAUCUAGGUUUAGGCCAUCUCUAGGUUAUAAGAUGCUAAGAUGUUAGAAAAAAAUCUUUUUUAUUUUAUUUUUUUGCCAAUGGGCGGUAUCUUUUUCCAUGCAUCAUGUCCAGAAUCAUUCAGUCAAGCAUGUUUGUGUCAAGUGGGAGCCAAUUAUCCUGCCUGCCUCAAGAAUAUGUCUUUUCUUUAGCUUCCCUGAUGAUUUUUGGUGGUUGAAUUAGGUGUAUGUGUUGGUAGGUUUUUUGGUAGUCUAGUUACCAUACACACAACAUAUGGUUUAAUUAUCAGAACUAGAGUAUAGGCUCCUUAAAUGCAGUCAUGCUUUUUAGGUGAUGGGAUAUUGUCCAGUACUUUACCAUCCAUGUAAUGUCUAUACAAGUAGACCAUAGUUAAGUCAUUUAGAUUUAUUCCAUCUUCUGAAUCAAAGACACUUUUAAUAUUUUUUUCAACCCCCCCCAAAAGAAGUUAUAAUUCUUUAUUAUUGGGUGAUGUCCUAAAACCUUGACAGAUCUAUCAAUGUAAUAGAACUGUUUCAAAAGUUAUUGGAGGAUUGGCGUUGUAGCUCAGUGGUAGAGCACUUGCCUAGCAUGUGUGAGGCACUGGGUUUGAUUCUCAGCACUGCAUAUAAAUAAACAAGUAAAAUAAAGGCCCAUCAUCAACUUAAAAAUAUUAAAAAGUUUGCUUGAAUGUUGCAAAAUUAUGCUUUCAUCAAAAGAUAACUUUCAAAGGAAAAGUUGAUUUAUAAAAUGAUAUAGGACUUUUUUAUAGUAGAAAUUUGUCCUUUUUAAGAUAGAUUUUUGCUAUUGUUUUUGGUGAAAGAAAAAUUUCUUUGUAUAAAGGAGAAAAAAUUCCAUUUUUCUUCAGUUUAUAUUAAAAUAUACAGUAGUAAAUUAAAAAAAAUUUUUCCUACAUCCUGUGUACUGUAUGUACAGUAUACAUUCCUUUAAAUUAUAUCAUGUAAAUAGUUCGAGAGUUUGAUCACAUAAAUCAUAGAUCCUUGAGUGCCAGAUCUUUGUGAAUAUACUUACCAUUCAUAAGCUACAAAUUUGUUCGAUUCCAUCUUUGAUUAACGGGUCUUAUCAACAGUAUAGUAUAAUUUACCUUAUGAUUCCAUUCCAACAUUUCAACAAUUAAGUUUAAUUCUUGAGAAAUUAUACAUAAGUAAUAUUAUUGAUACUCAGUUUCUAAAUAAGAGGUUUUUAAACUUAUAAAAGAGAAAUUAAAUUUAAUCAGGUAGAUAACUUUUUUUACUUUUUCCAUUAAUAAGAGUCUUAUAAAUUGAUUAAACAUCAUAUCAGAAUCUAUCUAGGCAGGAAUUAUAUUGAAAAAAUUCACAUACAGAAAAGAUUCCAUAAUUUUUCCAAAUUGCAAGCAUUAGUAAUAGCCACUAUAUAUUAAAUAAAGAUAAAAAUAUAUUUUUGAAUGACUUUUGAGAAAUGCUAAUUCCCAAAGCAUUGUGUUUUAAUUACAGCAUAGCAGAAACAUUAUCUUUCAUUUAACCUCAGAGUCCCACAUCAUCUGGUUUUAUAAGUAUUUUAUCUAAAGGCAAAAGUCUGAUUCGUAACAUUUUAUUAGAGCAACCUUUGAAAUUAAUUGUCCUAAAAGCUCAAGGAAGAGAUAUGUGUUAAAAUAAACAGAAAGGAAGAUGGAUAAGAGAAAAGAAAGCCUCACUUUUCCUUUUCAGAGUCUGCUCUUCUAAUUCUAGACUUCAUUCCUUAAGCUCCUGACUUUUGGCUGAGGACACUCUGUGCUGGUUCCCUUUGUCUCCAGCCACUGGUGCUUGAGAUCACCUCUGGAACCUCUGUGGCUGUGGGGGCAAUUCCUUGUGACCCAUUACCUCCUUUGGCUGGAGUCACGAGUUGUUAUUGUGGCACUAAUUAGUUUCUACUUACAUCUAAUGGUUAGAUGCAUUUGAAGUGUGCUAAAGAUGUUCAUGGUUUUGAAUAUCUUCAGAGAAAGCUAAAUCUUUGAUAUUUGCAGGGAGUCUGGCAACACAAAAGUACAUUUCUGUGGCUUGGUUUUUUUGAGGGCUCCAUCUGGACAAAAUUUGGCAGAAGUAAUGGAGUAAACAGCAAGGCUUUAAAUUAAUAGUUUCAAAUUAGGUUGGCUCUUAGGUAAUAUUUGCUGUAUCUACCAUUAGCUUUUAUAUAAUGUAUAACAAAUCUGAAUUGUGUUAUGCUGUGAACUAUUCAGUGUAUUAUGAGAAAUUAUAGUAUAAACAAUGUUAAUACUCUUGGGCUUUUUGGUCUUUUCAUAACCAAUGUGCUGGUAUUAGUUCCUGAUUCUUUAUGAUUAUCCUGUUAGCUUAUUAUCAUUAGCUCAUUAACAUAAAAAUGGGAUUAACAGCAAAUUAAGAAUAGCACCAUUGCAAAGAGUUCAUAAAGUACGGUUUAAUUUUAGAACUAGACUAAAGGUUAUCGAGCACUUAUUCACAAUGCUUCAUUUUACACGUGUCAGGUUUCUAAGGUUUUAAAAACUAAUUUUUUGUACACUCCUUAGAAAUUCAGAAAUUUCCUGGGAUUUACUAUAUUACAGUGUGUCUAAUGCUGUAGAUUUUAAUGAACUUUGGUGUUUACAUUUCCAAACAGACUUAAUUUGUUACUUGAACUUUAAUUUUUCAUAAAUGCAUUUUGUUAAAAAGAAAUUAGACCUUUGCAGUUUUUGAUAAUGUUAGCAGCAUUUUAAAAAUUAAAUUUUACAUGUGUUAAGUAUGGUCACAAUAAGCCAAAUUGUGUUUAAGUCUAAAUUUACUACCCAUUUUGAAUAAUCAGACAUUUCCAGAUCACUCAUAUUGUCAAAUUAACUCCUGUUUGAUGGCACUUUUGACCAUGGACAAGAGCUGGAAAAUGAUAUAUUUUUAUGCAUUCAGAUGUCCAGAAUGACUUAAGAACUGCAUGAUAUCUUGGAAAGAGCACUGGACUAGUAGUCACUAUCCUUUUUGGAUUCAAGUUUCCUGAAAAAAUAAAAAAAUGGGCAAAGUAAGCUGAAAAUAUAAAAACAUCCCUUUGUGUGUGUUUUAUUUACUUGUAAUGUACCUGGACAUUGCUUUAUCUCACCUGAUUCUCUCAGUAGGAACUACUAAGAGCUUCAGCAUUGUCUGCUUUUUAAUCCUAGUGUUUGCCUCUUGUUUUACAGAGGUGGUCACUCUGUUUGCUAGUUGAUGGCAGAGCUGACACCAUAACCCACAUCUGACUGACUACAAGUCAGAGGCACUUUACUUGUAUCAUGAAAUUAUUUGAAAUCAUGGUAAAGCAGCAAAAUCUGAUAAUGCCUGCGAGCUUUCCUUGUGUUUAAUAACAAAUGCUCCAAAUGUCUGGAGAACCUUGAUACAAAAUUUGAAGGAAUAGAUUGGGAUUUAGAGAUAUCAAAUUGUGGUAUAUUUCACAUUUUUGUAAUAAUAAACAUUAAUAAAAGAUGAUUUUAAUUUACCACUUAAUCAAUUUCUUGAUGCUUUCAAAUGAAAGGUCACUAAAAGGGGUUUGGUUCAGUUUGAAUUGUCACAUAUAAAGAUGGUUUUUCUGUUUAUUUAAAUUUAUCCACUUAAAAUGGGAUGAUGUGAGGACAAAGCAAUAUUUGAUUAAAUACCAUUUUCUCGGUGUGGGUCUUUUCACUAUCUCAUUUUGUAGAUUUUCUUAUUUUUCUUCAAAUCCCCUAUCCCUAUUUUUGGUUUUAAUUUUAAACAGGGAAAGCUUGCUACAUUAUAAAGAUUGUUGGCACCAUUUAUUUUACACAAUGGCUAAAGAUUAAUUUUGGAAAUGAUGAGCUACUUUUCUAUAUGUGUUUACUCAUGCUUUGUGAUACUCUUGGAUCAUUCCAGUCAUAAAGACUUAUUACAUGUAAUAUUUCUUGUUACCUGUGAAAAGAUUUACUUUAAAGAAUGUAUAACCAACACUCCCAUUUACUUUUUAUUAGUAUGUAGAGGAUUUAUAUCUAAUUCAUGAAUGUAGUUUUGCUGUAGUUUGUUAUUGUAAAUGGAACAAAGUACAUUUUCUUUAGUUAUUCUAUAAUGUACAUUAUGUAAGAAUUGUAAAUAUACUUGAUUAAGUACUUUGUAUGGUGAAAAAUUACAAUAAUAAGUCAAUAAAAAUCUCACUU